GUCACAUCAUGCAAUCUCUAAUCCGGCUCCAUCAAGGCUGGAGUGACGAACUUCCUGCCUACAUUAUCUUGUAUUCAGGGUGAUUUUUUUUAUCCACUGUAAUUACUGAAAGGGAACAGAGUGAUAACAAAUAUGACGUAGAGACCUCGAGCUAACGUCGCGAAGCAGCUAAAAGCUAAAGAGUCUCGUCGUGACAGUCAACGAUGUUCUUUGUAUUCAUGAUGUCUUCCUUUGAGCAAGGACGGGGAAUUGGAAAACCACAAAGAGACUGAGCUGGUGUUUGUGUGUGUGUGGAGAAAGCCAACUUGAAUAGGAUAUCCCGAGCUCACAUUCGCCAGGAUUGUCAUAGUUUGUUUUUUACGGCACGUUCAAUGCAGCGGUCGUCUGUUGACUUCUUCAUCGAGUGGAAGCAGGCUUUCUCCAGUUGCAGGAAAUAGGCCUGUUACUACAAUUAACGAGAAUUUAUGGGAUCACAAGUUUCCUCUGAUGAGAUGAGCGUGCGUGCGGGGCAGGGCAGUGACGAGGUGCUGGUGUCGCAGGCGGUGUGGGAUUACCUUGCAGCUGCUGGACGGCCCUGGUUGGUUGACUUCGAGGACAAGCAGGGACUGAGCGCUGAUAUUAUCCGGCGUGGAGAGCGUGGCGGCUGCUGUGCCGUGCGUCUCUCCCCGGUGGAAGGCAGCAGCCGGGCUAGAACUGGUAUGAUGGAGAGUCUCGUUUCUCCUGUUACACGGAAAGCAUUCAUAGACUUAUGCCGCUGUGCCCGAAAGGAGAUGACCAAACAGGAGGCAGCUCCUAAAAGGAAACGUUCGUUGUUACCCUGUGUGGCUGCAAUGGAACCUGAUGGAGAAAGGAGCCUGUUGCCUCCACCUCCACCUCAACCACGGCGCUCGCAGAGGCAACAGCAGAAAUACAGGAAAAGCGCAGAUAUGGACACGUGUGUAGUUUUACCCAUGCAGCAGGAGGCUUCUGCGAGGACAGUGUCUGAAUUAGUUGUUUGUCAUGAAGAAGAGAGCACCGUUUGCUCCAUCUGCAUGGGUGAAAUGGUGGAAAAGACAACUCUGGACAAAUGCGGCCAUGCAUUCUGCAGGUCCUGCCUAGAACAGGCAUUUCAAGUAAAGAAAGCCUGUCCUGUGUGCAGACUAGUAUACGGUCAGCUCAUCGGUAACCAGCCAGCCAAUGGGAGCAUGAUGGUUGAAAGAGACCCAGACUUGGAGCUGCCUGGCCAUGAAGGUUAUGGCUGCAUAUGCAUUAUUUACAGCUUCCCUCCUGGUUUGCAGGCGCAAGAGCAUCCAAACCCUGGAGUGAGGUAUCCAGGCACAGACCGGGUGGCGUACCUGCCAGACAACCCUGAGGGAAACCGCGUGCUCCGCAUGCUGCGGCGGGCAUUUGAGCAGCGGCUCAUCUUCACCAUAGGCACCUCCAUGACCACCGGCAUGCAUAAUGUUAUUACUUGGAAUGAUAUCCACCACAAGACCUCUAUAUGGGGUGGACCACGAUGCUUUGGUUAUCCAGAUCCCACAUACCUUGUGCGGGUGACAGAAGAGCUGCGAGAGAAAGGAAUAACCGCUGACUGAUUUGCUUCUAGCACUUAAAAAGGAUGGCAAAUGUGUAUGUGUGUUUGCUUAACCACAGUUCCAACACAAAGCCACUGUGUGGAAUCAAGCCACAGUCAUCUGCUGCAGAACGACAGUUCACAAUGUUUCAUUUCGAUCUUCAUGUUUAGCUUUGUUCUUUAGUUUACUUGAGUGUGUUUCACAUACAGUAUUUUCUUUGGUACAAACCUGGGGUGCACUUUACUGAAACACUCAGCUGAGAUUAAAAUACCCACUGGACUGCUGAAAUGCGAAUGUCUUGAAGGUGUACAUGUUUCCUCAUCCGCAGUACAGCCUUUCUCUUCCCAGCUUCAGGUUCAAAUCACUGGACUCCCUCUUCUAACUCCACUUCUUCCAUUCUAGACUAUGCUUAAUAACAUUUUCAAUUUACGGUAACAUCAGAGCGGAGAUAAAUGAGGGACAAACGGCACAGCACAGCUAAAUGGGUACAGCUGGGACAAUCCCAUUCAACCCUUUUUCUUUUUUUCCCUAGUAAUCAGCACUAAGAGGCACUUUGCAAUGGAAGUAAUCUUUCUAUUAUGAGAAUUUAAAGUGGAUUCUGCUUGAUCUUCCAGAGUGCAGGAUCUAGAGUCUUUAUUUGUAGGCCUUCCUGAUUAUAAGGUCCUAGUCAAAUAGAUGCAAGUCAAUUUUCUUUUUGUCCUGCUUUUCAUUAUCUACAAUGUUUUUUCUUUUUUGUUUUGACUAUGGUGUGCUUAAAAGGUAAUCUGUUUAUGUUUGUUGGGUUCACUUUUCCCUAGUUUGCGUUUUCAGAGGAGUUUACAGAUUUUUGUGUUCAUCCAUUUUGGAUGUCUGUCACGGAUAAAUAAAAUGAUGUCAAAAUGAAAGGGCGCUUAAAAAAACUGAUACCAAACUAAAAGCAUAACAGCUCAAAACUUUGCUGUAUCCAUUGUUUUCAUGCCUCAGGCUUGGAGAAAAGCCGAGCACGGAGUUUAUUUUGAAGAAUCAGCAGAUUGGUCCACACAGAGUUUGCUGAAAUAGAAAAUAAUUCAAUAACAGCAAAUAACUCUCCCAAAAAAUAUGCCCAGGUCAUAUUUAACCCUAAAAUCAAAAGAAAAAAGGAUCUAUUGGAUUUCUUAUAAUUAUUUUUAAAAACAUUACUUGGUUUUAUAAAGUUGUAAAGAAAUUGAUAAUAAAAAUGCUUUUAACACGUAUUAAUAUACUGCAUAAAAGUUUUUUUUGGAGUUUUUGUCUUGUUUCUAGUCUAAAUAUCUAAAUAAUUUUCAAUCAAUAAACAUUUUCCAGACAAGUAAAUGGUUUGUUUUCAGAAAUAAGUCACAAUUAAGAGCGUUUUCUUCCUUUACCACAAGCUAAAUAAUCUGCCGAUGGGGUACGUAGAAUAAUCUAACUUCAAACAAGGAUUUUUCUUACCCCAUUUUGCUUGUUUUAAGGAAAAAACUCAUUUAUUCUGAUUUAUUAUUUCUAAAAACUAAAAAAUAUUUUUACUUGUUUAGAAAAUGCUUUAUGAUUGAAGAAUAUUUAGAUAUUUGGACUGGAAACAUGUCCAAAAAAGCAGUUUUCUGCAGUGUAGUGAAACCGUAAUACAGUAAUUUAAAAAACACAAAAUCGUAAUAAUGUAUUAAAUCGUAAUAAUCGUAAAAAUGUAUUGUAAUUUACAAUUUAAAGACCAAAUUAAUUAAGUUUUCUUUUGAUUUUGGUGUGGGAUUUGACCUUUCGUGAGACUCGUCUGAAUCUCCUAAAUAUAAACUUGGAUGCUGAUGGUCAUGAAGAAUAUUUAUCAGUCUCGCUUUUUGUUUUCCUCUUCACUGAAAAGUUCUUGUGCCUUCUGCUAAAGGUCACAGCCUGUUUUCCUAAUGGUACUCAUUAUUCGUUAGUAUUGGUUAAACUGUAUUCUGAUCAAUAUGAAGCGGUAACCUUACAGCACUCUUUCAGCUUUAAGCAAAAUGCAUCAUGGUUUAGAAUCCAGCAACCAAGUCUCAAAUAGUUUUGCGCAAACAAAAACAUUUACUUUGUAUUAAGACGUUUGGUCGUGUUGUUAGAGGUUGCUUCCAUUUUACAGUAUCAUUUAACAGAAAACAGUAUUAGAUUUAAGUUUUCCUUUUGAUACCAUGUUUUCUUACUCCAACCUUUAUGUUGUGAAGGACCAAUUCAAUCAGGAUUUGUGGAACUUAAAUGUUACUGUCAUGCAAAAUUCUAUGCACUUCAAAUGUCAGAUUUAUAAAAUAGACCUCUUCAGAUGACUGAUUGUUCAAAUUAAAUAAUUUGCCUUUAUAGUUGUGUUGAUUUGUAUUUCAUAAUUGAAAUGUAUGCUACAAUUAAAAUGUGCUUUACAUUUUCAUACUUGAAUAAAGGGAUUCUGUUCUGUU